AAAAAUUUUAAUCCUACGAAAUCCUUCAUCAUUCAUGUCAAUGACUUGGGUAGUUGUUGAAUCUCCAUCUCCAUCUAAGUCUAAAGUCCAAACCAAUUAGACAAAAGCAGCCGAAGAAACCUGGAACUCACAUGGGCAUCUUAGCACGUUUUCAAAUUUUGUUUCAAACAUAUGAUCAUUAAUAGGAUUUAUGGUAAUAAUCCUAAUCCUAAUUAACAAAUAACUCCUUCCAUUUGCUAAUGAUCUCUGUAAUAACCCACCCAAAAAAACUUCAUUUAGCUUGAUUUAUACCUAUAUUUGCAUCGUCCUUUCUCAACUCACAUUUAUACUUGCAAGCCUGCAACUUCUAGUGUAAAUAGAAUUCUUAUCAACCCUAAAAUGUCCAAACAAAAGGUGUAAAUCACACAUCUAUCUUAGCAUCAUUACCCCUUUUUACCCAACAAAAUAAUUUCAAUCGUAUGAACGAUAUACACAACAACAUUGUUUGAUUGGUUGAUUUGAGUGCACUUUUCUCUUUCUUUAUCCUCAAUUUCACAUAUUGAUUGAUCCCAAUUACUUCAUUUAUGUUUAAGGAAGUUUUAGUUACUUUUUAGUGUUUUCUUGAUUGGGUUUUGCCAAGAAAGUGUGUGAGAUCUGAUCCUUGCUUUAGUUUGAAACUUUACACAUUGCUCUUGGUUUAUUUGUGGUUUUUAGAUUGAUUUCAAGAAAUUUGGAAUUGGAUUUUCAAUUAUUCAUCUCAUAAUUCAUUAAAGUUUGAUUCUUUACACAUUGUUCUUUGUUUGUUUGAGGUUUUUGGAUUAAUUUCAAGCAAUUUGGAGUUGGGUUUUCAGCAAUACAUCUCAUGGUUCAUUAAAGUUUGAAACUUUACACAUUGGUCUUGGUUUAGUUGAGGUUUUUGGAUUAAUUCCAAGCUAUUUGGAGUUGGGUUUUUAACAAUACAUCUCAUUAUUCAUUGGAGCUUGAAACUUUACACAUUGUUCUUGGUUUAUUUUGAGGUUUUUGGAUUAUUUUUAAGCAAUUCGGAGUUGGGUUUUCAACAAUACAUCUCAUGAUUCAUUAAAGUUCGAAACUUUACACAUUGGUCUUGGUUUAUUUGAGGUUUUUGGAUUGAUUUCAAGCAAUUUUGGAGUUGGGUUUCAAUAAUAUAUCUCAUCCUUGCAUAGUUACAUCAAAAUUUCAAAUCUUAGACUAGUUAGUUUAUCAGAUUCUAGCUAAAGUAAGAAUUUUAGAUUAAAUUUAAGCAAUUUAGAGUUGGUUGUAUAAGAUUAUAGAGAUUAGAGAUAGGAAAAGGCCAUGAGAAGUGAUCCUGAGUACUGUAUGACACCAUGAGUGGAAGCUCAUUGGGUCUUGGAUUGCGUUAUGCAAGUUAUGGAUCAUUGCAACAACAAUUACACAAUAAUUUGUUACCAAAUCAAUUAUUUUCACCGCUGCCGCCACCACCUCUGCCUUUCACCACUAGAAAACCAGCCAAGAUGAUGAAGGAAAAGGAGAGAUUAGUUCAUUUGUUUUACAAAACUGUUGGCAGGAAAAAGAUUGGCAUGCUGUUUCUCUCUGUGGUUUCUAUAGCUGUCUUUAUUUGGGUUCUUUAUGUCGGCAAAGGUGAAGAUUCCAGAGGGACUGAAGGUCCAUCUAAUAUUACAUUAAACAACCACUCGUCUACAAGUGUUGUACAUGUAUUCGUUCCACCAAAUAACCGCACUCUUGGUAGUGCUGGACCCUUGUCUGCUCUUGCAGUACAAGUGAUGCCUCGUAAUUACUUCACAGGUUAUACACUUCCUCCUGGAAAUCCUUGUGAACAUUUUGCAUUACCGCCACCACCUGCUGAUCCAAAGCGAAAAGGAUUCCGACCUUGUCCAGUAUGCUAUCUUGAUCAAAAGCAAGCGAUUGCACUAAUGCCCGAUGCGCCAUCAUAUUCCCUCGUGAAUAAUUUAACAUAUGUUUAUGAAGCAAAUUCAUCAAAAACCGAGUUUGGAGGCUCUGAGUUUGGCGGGUAUCCUUCUCUAAAGCAAAGGGAUGAUUCUUAUGAUGUAAGGGAGUCGAUGCAUGUGCAUUGCGGCUUUGUUAAAGGACAAAAACCGGGUCGUAGAACUGGAUUUGACAUUGAUGAUGCUGAUCUUACUGAAAUGGAACGGUGCAAUGGGAUAGUUGUUGCCUCGGCAAUUUUCGGAAACUACGAUUUACUUCAACAGCCCAAAAAUACGAGUGAAGAUGCCAAAAGAAAUGUAUGCUUCUUCAUGUUUCUCGACGAGGAGACUGAAGCAGCAAUGAAGAAUGCUAGUGUACUCGAUGAUAGCAAUAAGGUUGGGUUAUGGGGAAUUGUUGUUGUUCGUAAUCUUCCCUACAUAGAUCCAAGGCGCAAUGGCAAGGUUCCAAAGCUUCUACUGCAUAGACUGUUUCCUAAUGUUCGUUAUUCUAUAUGGGUAGAUGGGAAACUUGAACUUGUUGAAGAUCCAUAUCGAAUUCUUGAAAGAUUUUUAUGGAGACAAAACGCAACGUUUGCAAUAUCCAGACAUUAUAAACGUUUUGAUGUUUUUAAAGAAGCUGAAGCUAACAAAGCUGCUGCAAAGUAUGACAAUGCCUCCAUUGAAUUUCAGAUUGAAUUUUACAAAAAAGAAGGAUUGACGAAAUAUUCUUCGGCAAAGCUUCCGAUUACAAGUGAUGUUCCUGAAGGUUGUGUUAUCAUCCGAGAGCAUGUCCCAAUAUCAAAUCUUUUUAGUUGUCUGUGGUUUAACGAGGUUGAUCGAUUCACUUCCAGAGACCAAAUUAGUUUCUCAACUGUAAGGGAUAAAAUUUCAAAGAAGGCAAAUUGGACCGUCAGCAUGUUCUUAGACUGCGAAAGACGCAAUUUUGUUAAUCAGGGUUACCAUACGGACGUGCUAAAGCAAAAGCAAGAGGAAGCAGCUGCACAUAAUGCUGCGACACAUCCUCCUCCACUUGCUUUCCCGCCUCCACCUCCUUUGUUGGCUCCCCCUCCACCAACCAUGCGAACCGAGAAUCCUCCAAGCCGAAGAAACCGAGCAAGAGGGCGAAGGCGAAACCGUAAAGUUGCUGCUGGAGCUACCACUGAAACGAGUAUAGGCACAGGAUAGGGCACCGGUUGAGGUCAAAAUUUUGUUUAGGCAAACAAAUUAUACUCAUGUACUCUAUUGUUUUACCUUCCUAGCAUCAAAGUAUAAGCUCCCCUCCUACUUUGUGCAGGGCUUGGCAUAACUAUACAUUUUUAAGAAAAAUGUUGUACUUUAUUAUCUUCAUUUACACAGAACUAUAAUUGUUGUAAUGAUUCCCUCAAAAGUUUAGGAAAAUAGCUAAGGAGAAAUAGAAUUGUUAAUUCAUUUUUUGUAUAUAUCAUACCACAUUUUAAAAAUAAAAGUUUAUCAUUUGAGUAUCCAUAA